GGGGGGCUGACAGAAAAGGGGGAGCUCGGGGGUACCACCACCCUCCUGGGGAACUGGCUUCCUUCUUCUUGGGUGAGGGGCAAUUCAAGGGGUAGGUAACUUUAGGGCUAAUCAUUUCCCCUGACAAGUGGGGGUGCACCCUUUUGGGGGAGGGGGGGCAAUGGUAGAUCAGGGGCAUCCUUUGGGGAGCGUUAUGUGCAGCGUGUUCUGGGGGAGGUUUUGGGGGGGAGGUUUGGUGGUUGUUUUUUUAAAGGGAUUAGCUCAGGGCACCCUGGGGUUGGCAGCUUAGGGGAGACAGGACAAUUUGGGGGUGGUUUUUUUUUGGUGGGGGUUUCUUUUUUGGGUGGGGUGUGAUGGUUAGUCGGCACCCCCUCCCCUGUCUCUAUUUUUUAAAGCUGUCCUAAGGUGGCUGUUCAGGCGGGUAUUUUUGUGCCUGGCGUAGGGAUUUGGCGUGGCACUGGGUUUAUUUUCUUAUUCGGAGUGGUACACAGUUUUGCUUUUGGUGGGGUAGUCUUUGCAGAUUUGGGGUUUCCCCCUCCUUUUAAAAACUCCCACUGUUCUUUGAAGAACUACAGAAGAGACCUGUAUGCGUGCUGCCUUCUAUUACAAUUUUUUUUGGCUUGGCUUCGCUCCUGGAGGAGUUAUUUUUUUCCACGUAUAAAUCCGCCUAUUGAUUUCCUAAAAGGAAAACAAAUAAAAAGAAACCCAUAAACGCACACCGAACCUGCCUCUGGGAGGGAAAUAUCCAGGUGAAAACGCACUCUGUUUCCAUGGACAACCCGUCCAUUAUCACCCAGGUGACUAACCCCAAAGAGGAAGAAAUCCUGUCUUGCUCUCAGGAUAAAGUGUCCCAAUGUAAUCUCAGUUUGAAGAAGCAGAGGAGUCGAAGCAUCUUUAGCACUUUAUUCUGCUGCUUUCGUGACUACAAUGUUGAGCCGCCGUGUCCCAACAGCACCAGUGUCCUUCCUCCAUUGGUGGAAGAGAAUGGCGGACUUCAGAAGGGUGACCAGAUGCAGGUCAUUCCCAUUCCAAGUCCACCAGCAAAAUACCUCUUGCCAGAAAUGACAAUAUCUGAUUAUGGAAAGAAGUGUGUGGUCAUUGAUCUAGACGAAACACUAGUGCACAGUUCCUUCAAGCCAAUUAGCAAUGCUGAUUUCAUUGUUCCAGUUGAAAUUGAUGGAACUAUACAUCAGGUUUAUGUAUUAAAACGGCCGCAUGUGGAUGAAUUCCUCCAGAGGAUGGGAGAGCUUUUUGAAUGUGUUCUCUUCACAGCCAGCCUAGCAAAGUAUGCAGACCCAGUGGCAGACUUGUUGGAUCGCUGGGGUGUGUUCAGGGCUCGUCUCUUCAGAGAAUCCUGCGUUUUCCACAGAGGAAAUUACGUGAAGGAUCUAAGUCGACUUGGGCGAGAGUUGAGCAAAGUUAUUAUAGUGGAUAACUCCCCUGCAUCUUACAUCUUCCAUCCUGAAAAUGCAGUGCCUGUGCAGUCCUGGUUUGAUGACAUGACAGACACAGAAUUGUUAGACCUUGUUCCUUUCUUUGAAGGACUAAGCAAAGAAGAGGAAGUCUACACUAUGCUUCAUAAACUCUGCAACAGGUAGCCCUCCAAGCCUAAGUGGCUGUUUCGCUGCGGCUUCCCCGGGACAUCCAGUUGUACACAGCAUCUCAGAGAGAGGAUGCUCUUGUCAAGAGUUUUACGGCACUCUCGAUCUUCCUCUUAAAAUGCUGUACAUGAAGGACAAUCGUGAACUGAUGCUACUAAAUCAUGGGAAAUACAGACGCCGUAAGGUGAUAAGACUACUUUUUUUAAAAAAAGGGAAAAAAUUAAAAGAAGCUAUUUUGAAUGGGACUGUUUUAAUGAAUUUCAUAAAUGGACAUAUUUUACAGAACCCGCUUUUUUCUUAAAACAUGCCAAAAAAAAAAAAAAUUUGAAAGUUUGAUGUUGCUCCAGCAAGUUGACUUAACCCUUUCCCUACCCUUUCCCAUCCUGCUAUGCAGAUCAUUUUCCCCACUCCACCCCGCUUAUAGAGCAGUUGAUCUGACUCUGAACUUUCUUUCUUCCAUGAUGAAGUGCCUUUUUGAAUGUUGUUUUGAGAUUUAAAGGGGCGGGGGGGGGGAAUCAUUUUUGUAUAAGGCGUAUUUCCAGACAUCUUUUAGUCUUGUAUUGUUUAAAUGCUUUAAGAAGAAGAAAAAGCUGGAAAUCUUUUAUAGAGCAUUGUAAUAUAUGGAAACAAAGGAGGAAGCUGAAAGAGGUGAGGGGGUUCUGUCUCCAAGAUGAUGCCAUCAGAGUUGUAUCGGCGACAAUUGUGUCACAUUUGAAAGGUUCAGGAGUAUAGGAGUAGGAAUCGCAGUCCACCGGGUUCUAUAAAGGUCAGUGACACAGCCGUCUUACUCAUUUGGGUCCUGUUUUGCACAUAGCUUAGAAUAUAUCUGCAUUUUUGAAUGAAUGCGGCAAAAUGGAAUAGGAUGCGCACACAGUGGCAAGUCGUUUCUCAGCACCUUCGGGAGGGAGAGGGGGCGUCUUUUUCCGUCUUUGCUAACGCACAACUGCCAGGUGUUUCUGAUGAUGUUCCUGAUGAGAUACUGAUAAAAGCAUUGAGGACAAUGGGUCUAUUUAUAGGAACCAAAGGCACAGUUACAAGAUGGGGGAUACUUGGCUCAGCAAUACUACAUACGAGAAGGAUCUUGGGAUUGUUGUAGAUCGCAAGCUGAAUAUGAGCCAACAGUGCGAUAUGGCUGCAAGAAAGGCAAAUGCUAUUUUGGGCUGCAUUAAUAGAAGUCUAGCUUCCAAAUCACGGGAGGUACUGGUUCCUCUCUAUUCAGCCCUGGUUAGGCGUCAUCUAGAGUAUUGCGUCCAGUUCUGGGCUCCACAAUUCAAGAAGGACGCAGACAAGCUGGAGCGUGUUCAGAGGAGGGCAACCAGGAUGAUCAGGGCUCUGGAAACAAAGCCCUAUGAAGAGAGACUGAAAGAACUGGGCAUGUUUAACCUGGAGAAGAGAAGAUUGAGGGGAGACAUGAUAGCACUCUUCAAAUACUUAAAAGGUUGUCACACAGAGGAGGGCCAGGAUCUCUUCUCGAUCCUCCCAGAGUGCAGGACACGGAAUAACGGGCUCAAGUUAAAGGAAGCCAGAUUCCAGCUGGACAUCAGGAAAAAACUUCCUGACUGUUAGAGCAGUACGACAAUGGAAUCAGUUGCCUGGUGAGGUUGUGGCCUCUCCCACACUAGAGGCCUUCAAGAGGCAGCUGGACAACCCUCUGUCAGGGAUGCUUUAGGGUGGAUCCUGCAUUGAGCAGGGGGUUGGACUUGAUGGCCUUGUAGGCCCCUUGCAGCUCUGCUAUUCUAUGAUUCUAUGAUUCUAUGAAGCUUGAAUUCUUUCUUGACAGAGGCCAUGUCUACACCAGCCGUUUAUACUGGGAUCAUCCCUGUGCAUCCAAAUGACACACAAGCCAUGGCUAGACCAGGCCUAUAUCCCAGAAUCAUCCCUGCGCAUCUAAAUGACACACAGGGGAUCCCAGGAGCAGGCAGGGAUGACCCCUCCAUUUGCCUGGGACAAUCCUUAGGUGUAGAAAAGGCCAGAGAGAUGACCUGUUUGCGUAAUAUGGGUCCCAAGCCCCAAUGAAACAGGUGGGAGGUGACCCACGAGCACAACUUCCCACUCCUCUCGGCGGGGUGGAUGUGCAGGAGACGUUCCCGAUUUUAUUGUGCCCCAUGUGUUUCGUUUUGUUCUUAGCUGCUGCUACUGAAGGUUCACCAAAGGGAGCUGAACCCUGGCUGUUAUACUGUUCUUCGCCACUGUGCCUGUGCUACUGAAACCUUUGUUGUAACGUUGCAGACUGGGGCAACGAAUAAAGUGCUGGCCGUUUUUGUAUCAAGCUUAAUCAAAUGAGGCCUACAAAUUUUUAUUUUUUAUUUUAAUUAGGGUGGUGCACCCUGUUCUCAGUGCUUCAUUGUGGGUUUUUAAAAAUCCUUUCCCCUGCUUUUAUGCUUCUUCCUUUAAAAAAUAUCAGGACGUGAUUCCAUGCUUCCCAUGGCUAAAUAUUUUUCUAGCAUCCAUCAAAUCAGACCUGGGGUUAUUGUCCCUUUACUGAAUUGCUGGGAUUAUUAGAACUGAAAUAUGUCUUGGGGUUUCCCACGUGUUAAAAUCAGAGAGUUCGUCUUAAGUUUCUCCAAUAGCUUUCCAUUACUUGGGUGGUACAAAUUUACUUUAUUCAGAGUGAAGAACGCCAGUGUUUGUCCUUGGAGUGUGAAUUUCUGGUCUCAAAAAAAAGUUGAACUUCCAUAACCUUUUUGAAACACUUGGAGCUAAAAGACGGCACACCUAAAAGCAUGAUCCUUUUUUGAACAUUUUCAUCUCUCCUCCCUUUCCUUCCCCCCCCCCCCACCUUCUAUAUCUAAGGCCAAUGUUUGUUAUCUUUGCACCAUCGGAAAUCCACGUUUGCUGAAAUUAGCCAUAUAGGACAGGAAUUGUCCACAAACGUUUGGUGCUUAGCCCAGCAAACUGUCAAAUGCUGAAAUGGCUUGUUGUCGUGACUUGCCUUUUACCUGGUUAUGGUCAGUAGGAGCCUCAAGGAGCUGAGAUGGAUAUAUCGCUCUCAGUUACAAACACUGAAGAAGCAGCUGAACCCAUUUAUUCACAAGAGAAGCAGGCCAGCCUCCACAGGCAUGGGAUAGGUCACCCAAGCUCGUGCCAUUCAGACGUGUUAGACUACCAACAACUCCCAUCAUUCCCAGCCAGCAUGUUUGGGGAUGAUGGGCAUUGGCAGUCCAUCACAUCCGGAGGUACAGAGUCUAGGAAGGCUGGAAUAGGUUAUCACAGGCACAGUAGAAAACAGACACGUCAUUCCGUAAUCCAAUUUCACUCCAUGUUUGCAAAUCACUUACAGCAUUGUAUAAGCAGUACAAUCCCAUUUGGCCCAAAAUGGUCACCCAUUGGAACGCCAUCAACACCUUGUUCGCCCACCAGAAGCUAUUACCUUAUUUACUGUAUGUUUCGUUUGCCAAGAAUCUGGCCACACAGAGAAAUGCCAACAAUUAGGGUGUUGUUUUUCGUUUUUCAUUGUUGUUGUUUUUAAUAUGGAUUCUGGUUAGUCCAUUAAGCUUACCUUCAAUCAAAGUGUUCUUUAAUUUUGUAUUUGAACUCAGACUAAUGAAACGGUUGUACUGCCAAAGUAUGUUCUCUAAGCAGUAUUUUUCCACUGUAUUUCUGGCCUUCUGAGCCUCAAAUAUAGUCUGCAGGGAAAAGUAUUCAGGUUGUAGUGAGGGCAAGUUCGAUGGGAAUGAUUGGAACUGAGGAGAAGAAAACCACUGGUAGUGGGUUCUUCUCACUCGUGUUGAACCUCUUGAACUUUCCAAUUGCGAGUUGCCAUCAUCUUGCCCUUUCUAGUGCGACGUGACCUUCUGACAGUUUUGUGCGCUCUUGUUUGUACAUAACGCAGACCAUUUUCAUUCAAUGUUCACUUUUUUAUAAAAAAUAAUAAUAAUCAGUGAUUUUAUCUCUAACCAGUUGCCUUAAAUGUCUGUGAAUGAAUGUUGAUUAUUAAAAGUGUCUUGUAACGUUGUGGAAUCCACA